AUGAGUGAUAUUUACAUGAAAUUCAACGAAUAACAAAUGACAUCUAAUAAGUAUUUUGACUGCUUCAUAUGCAAAGAUAUUCUUCUUAAGCCAGUCACUCUAAUUUGUGGCCAUUCCUUUUGCAGUCACUGCAUUAAAAACGAAGUCAGCGAAGUAAUAAACUGCAGCUGCCCUAUUUGCAAACGCUUCAUUUUAGUUUCUCCUCAUGAAUUCAGCAUAAACUUAAUCAUGGAUAAGAUAAUCAGAACGCUCCAUUAAAAUAAUUAAAAUUACAUUGAGAAAGAAAGAUACAUAAAGCUAGCAGAAUAUUAGGCACAGAAUCAAGACACAUUAAUGAAAAAAAUUAACAAAGGAUGGGAAAAACUUUGCUUCUUGAUCUCGAUAAUAAAGAAAUACAUUCCUCUCAUUACAUCUAUUUUACUGGCACUUGGAUUCUACUUAUUUAAUAGAUACCGUAAACACAUGUUUAAAGUAGAGCAAAACUAUCAAAAAUAAAUUACAAAAAUCAUUUAAAUCAUGAAGCAGUACGGCUAACAAGGAGAGGAGGACAUGUUUUAAAAUCCACAAAGUUUCUCUUCUACUUAAGACGGAAAAAUAAACAUGUAUGCUCUCUUCUUUACUAAAAUAAUUAAAUAUCUAUUCACAAGCUACAUCAGACUUACUCUACCUGUUUGA